CACGGCCAGUUCAGUUCGUCGUUGGCAACUCGCGCGUGUGGUUCAGAAAAAGCAGCUUGGAAAACCAGGAGCAGGAGGAAAACUGUGCCAAACCACAAAUUGGAUUAACCGUGUUGGCCGCGAUUUUCGGACGGACCGCGGAACGGAUUAACGGGAACCGGCUCUGGUAAAGCUGUGCGAGAGAGUUCAGAAUGAAACUUCAUGCAACAACAAUUGUCCGGAAACGAUGAUCAUUCGAAGCCAAACGAGAACUUUAACACAACCAAAAGCGAAAGCACGUGAUUCAUACUGCCAUUAGACUAUGGAACUCCCCGAAACGGGCCUUCCGCCCCCGCCGGAAUUCCCCGAGCCCACGUCGACCGAAGCGUACAUCAUCCCGACGCUGGGCCUCCACCAGGGCACCUUUGUGUUCUCCUACCUGUCGACCUUCCUGUCGUACAUCACGCCGUACGAUCUGCCAGUAGUUUAUUGUAUUUUAGAGCUCUUGCGCGAUGCUUUUCACACGCGAGUCUCCUUUCUACAGCUUAUUUUGGAGGCACUCAAGGUAGAGUCCGGAUACAUCUGCCUGAUAGCGAUAUUCUUUUUGAUUUCGCUGAUCCCACUGUGCUACACGAUCGCCUGGGGUUGCUCGAAACCUUCGGAUGAUGACCUUAAUGCGGGACCGACGGUGGACGCGAUCAUUCAGGCCGAGGAGCUUUCACUGCAAGAUUCGUUAAAGUGCAGGAGAGGCUUUCUGAGUUUGACCCUGCAGAUCAUUAUUCUGCUGUUGAUAGCAAGUGUGAUCGCCAUGUUCGUUACAAACGAGCAGAUCGCGUCCGCGAUCGAUCAGACCCCGGAGGUGGUACGGUCCUCCCUCGCCGAUGUGGAGACGUUUCUGCGCGAUACGGAGCAGCAGAUUUCGUUUGUGAUAUUCGAGGGACUGGCGACGACGGUCGACCGGAUACGAAGCGAUCUGGAGGAGAUAGAUAAGCUACUUGGGGAACCAAUCCAGCAUCAUCUGUCGUUGUUUACCGGGAUUGAGAUAAUCUUUGAGACGAUCAUGGAUAUUAGCACGAGUAGUAACAACUUGUCGAGGAGGAUAUUCCUUCUCCAGGAAACGCUGGCUCGAGCAGCCAAGAUCUCCUAUGAAGCGGAAUACCGGCUAGAUGAGUUGCAGAUUCAACUUUCGGUCUUGCAGCGGCAGUGUAGCUAUCGCGAUCGACCUCUGUGUGAUACGCUGAAGAUCAAGAACUUUGAAGAGUCUGGGUUGAUAGACAAGAUUCGAAAGUUGCAAAGUGAUCCCGUGCUGUCGAAGUUGCUAUCGAUGGGAGAAGCUGGCAAGAACAGUACGAUGAAACUGUUGACGCAGGAGUUGACGGUAGCUCGAUCGAUCUUUCGGAACUAUCGCACGGAGUUGAAGAAUUCAACGUUGGCGCCGAAAGAGAACAUUGAGAGACAUUUGGAAGAGUUGAGCAAUUCAACGCUGCUGUCGACCAACACGUUGUCAACCACCAUGAACAACCUAGUUAAGGAGGUCACGCGAACUGCAAACUUCUCCGACUCCUUCUUCGAUUACUACCGAGAAAUCGGCGAUGGCCUCUGGUUGACGGGACUCACGGCAACGGUCUGCACCUUGUUGGUUACGUUCAUACUGCUAGGAGCGCUGAGUUGCGGAUGUUGUCACUCGGACAAUAAAGCAGGAAUCACGUUGAUCUUCGGAGCGAUCGUGAUCUGCUUUGCCAGCGUAGCGUUGUCCGGCUUCGCCAUGGUCGAAAUGCUCAUGGGAGCCCACGGUCACGUGUUCAUCUGUCACCCGCUGUACGACGAGCCCAACUACACGGUGCUUGGAAAGUUGAUCGACAAACCUGGGUUGAUCUACCCUGUGGAGCCACAGAACGGGAUCAUCGACGAACUCAUGAAAGCUGCCGAUCCCAACCGGAUCGGAUCGAUGAAUGUCCCCUUGUCCAAAGCCAUCAACGAGUGCGAACGUAACAAGGGCGCCUACUCGACCUUCCAAUUACAGAACCUGCUCAACGUCUCAUCAAUCAUGGACUACCGCAACUACCCCGGUCUCGAUCGCGCGAUCAACGACCUAACCGCUUCGGAAGCUCCCUUCAUGGGCUUCACCACCCAGAUCCAGGCGAUCCUAGAAGACAUGCUGACCGACUCGGACAUCAACCUGACCGCAUUCCGGAUGGACCUCACCCAGCUAUCCCCCGACAAGGACGUGGUCACCUUCAUCGAUCAACUCCAGCGCGUAUCAGCCCAAAUCCAGGACGUUGCCACAUCCUCCCGAAUGACCACCCUCGGAAGUCGCGCCAAACGGUUGCAAGUUUCCCUCCUCCACCCGCUUGAACAACUCCGCGGAGACAUCGUCUACCACCUGACCGCACUAGAACUCCAACUCUCCCCAUGGGCGACCCAAGUCAACAAGAGUUUAAUCCACCUGAGAAACGCCCAGUCCUACCUGGACGCGGAAUCGGCGGAAGUGUGCCACAACAAGAGUGACCAGUUCCGGGCUCGGCUCAAAGGUCACUUUGAAGCGUAUCGCAAUCACACCAAUGUGAUCCUGAGCGAUCGUUGUGCCAGUUGUCGGCCACUGUUUGAUAUCUUUGAUGCGAUGAGGAUGCUGUUCUGUCAUCACAUAAUGGAUCCGAUGAACGGGCUGUGGUUUUCGUCGUUUUUGUGUCUGUUUUUGUGGGCUGUUGCGACGCCGGUUUCGCUGAUGAUGUCCAGCACGUAUCGGCGGCUGGAGAUGCUGUCCGGGAAGUUGCAGCAUAGUGAUAGCAACUACUAUGGUCGUGGUGGGGCUAGCCGUUCCGAGAGCCAGCGCCAUUCGCACCACCACCAGCAGCAACAACAACACCAUCAUCAUCAUCCUCAGCACGAGUCCUCAAGUCAUUGGUCCACCCAAAGGUCCGUUUCGGUGCACAUUGCCGCGGUCAAGGAGAGCUGCACCGACGACGAGAUCAUUGCGGACGAUGAUGAGGCUGGUCAGGACGGGGAGGUUAAAUACAUCGAGUACGAGUACAUCGAGCUGAUGUUCGAUGCCGACGAUCCGACCAAGUACCGCGAGUGUUUGAUCUGAAGCUCUAGUCAUUUUUGCUCUAUUAUUAUUAUUCUUGCCUAACAGUAUACUCUGAACCAUCAUAAACAACAGUGAAUAAAAAUGUGACUUAAAUUA